AUGAUAAGUGUUGAGGUGAGCAAGGCAUCCUGGGAGUUAAAAAUAUCAAAAUCCUCCCAUUAAUAUUAAAAUGGUCUGUCUUCUUCUAUUUAUAGAGUUACAAUCUGACAUCGGUGACAUCAAUGAAAACGUUACUAAAAAAUAGACUUUGUAUCCUUUCAAACUUUUUUGCGAGUCUCCCAGUUACUUAAAGGAAGGGAAAUUAGGUUGGAGAUGAAGAUAGGGGACCACAUCCAAGUUUAGAUAGAGAUAGUAAAAUUUAUUGCCUUGCCAUCCUUAAAUAAACUUAAAAUUUGGUCAUUUCACGAUGAGUUGUGCAGGGACAGCAGGAAAUUUACAAAAAUGCUUGAUGCAUGUGCAGAGUCGUUGUUUUGCUCAUUAAACCUAUUGCUUUUUUGAUGUUCCUGUUGCCAUGGCUGUGGUAGUUUCCUAAAGUCCCCAUUUUGAUUCUACGACAGCUAAUGCUUUGUUAUUUUUGCAUUAUAGGUGACAUAUAUCAUCUUCAGAUUUACAUUUUUUAAUUUCAACUCCAGUUGGUUCUCAUGGGUAAGUCUAUAUUUAAGUCUAAGUAUUGUUUUGUAAGUAGAGUAUAGUUUUGUUAGUAGCGUAAGUACCAUACAUUGUUUGUAAGUAAGUAUUGUGAGUCAGUACUUUGUAAUUGAAAGUGUUUUAAUUAAAUUAAAAAAAAAAGUCUACAUCUUGCAGCUCCCAGUUAAGUUGUUUCUGUUUUGUGAUAUCCGCUUCACCCUUCAUUUAUCAUGAAAUCGUACUUCCUUUCAAAAUUAUAGAGUUAUAGACGAUGAUUUCUCAUAGGUUCUGUGUUGGAAGAGACUAAAAUAGGCCCACAGCAUUAGGCACAUAGAAUAGUACCUCGAAAAAUGUGGGUCUCAGAAAAUUUGACUGAAUCUCGAAAUCUUGUUUUUUUUUUCGUCGACGGGUCUCUGAGUCCCGGAUUUGUUGUUUUUCUUUCCAUUUGGCUUCCAGGAGUCGAUUUUUUUAAGGUUCAUGGGUACAGCUUAUCGAACUGAGCUAGUACAAGAAUAAGGCAGUAAAACAAAAAGUAGUAUAUUGGUGGGCUUUCACUAGCUUCUAUUGACAUUUUCAGUCAUUUUAUGAGCUUUAUUUGCACCAUAAUCUCAAAACCUCUGGCAGUUAGAGUCGUGACUCAGAUUUGAUAAAAAAGUUCAAGUCUUGGUCACAAAUUUUGGAACCUGGGGCUGACAGUCUUGCAAAGUCUCAAAUUUACCCUUCUAUACCCCUAGCAGCAUAAGCAUUUGUGGUGGCCUUGUGGUGUCUCUGCGAAGUCUGGCUGAGUGAACAUACCAAACUAUUUCCUAGUCCUUAUAGUAUGUCCUGGGACAAUUUGUGUUUACAUAGGGAAAACAGAAAUUCUGCACUGUUUCAUUUGGGAUAAGCUUGAGAAAAUAUGGGCUGUCAUUUGAGGGGAUGGAAUUUUACUACUUUAGUUAUUCAUCAUGAUAAUGUUGAAAGAUGCUAAGCGACUGUUUUUUCCAGGUUCUUUUAUGUAUGGUCACUGCUCUUUACUUUGGCUGUUACAAGUUUAUGGAGUCAAUGGCAAAACCAACCUAUUCUGAAUCUGGAGCUCUUAUAGAUGGAGGCAUGGACCUGAAUACAGAAUCCGGGACUGCAGAGUAUGUGCUAAAAGACUCUUAUAGUGCUUCUACAAAAUUACAUCCACAAGAAAUUGCAUAAUCGGCAAGAAAUCUCAUCAUUAAUUUACAUUAAUACAUGACUGCAGAGAGGACUGCAGAGCUUGGGGGUGGUGUUGUGGGGGUGUACUCCGGAUUUCAAGCAAAAGGGAUGAUCAAAUGGGACCAAAUAUCAAAACCCCAAAAAAGUCCCUAGCGCUUCCAAUAAAAUGUUUAAAAAAAUCCCUGGACCAAAAAUUAUUCCCCCAAAAAAUCCCAUUCCGAAUUUCGAAGCCUUAAAAAUCUCGAGAAAGGAAAGCGAGUUUGUUUGUACUUUAAUCGCAGAACAACGUGGCCGAGAUAUGCGGGCACUAUCACGAGUCUUCAGAUUGUUCUGAAUAGCCAAAAAAAUCCCUACUUAUCAAGCCACCCCCAAAAAAAUUUGCCAAAUUUUCCUACCCAAAAAAAUACCAGAAUCAAAAAUUUCAAACCCCCCAAAAUCCUUCAAUCGCCCCUGUUACUUGAAAUCCGGCGUACCCCUGCACCCCCCACAAGGACUGCAGAGUAUAUGGUAAAAAGAAUUUUACAGUGCUUCUGAAUAUCGCAUCCACAAGAAAUUGCAUAAUCCAUAAGAAAUCUCUGCAUUAUUUAUUUAGAAAUGCAUCAUGCAGACAAAAUCAUAAAAUUUAAAUUUAAAUGCCGGGUUGUGAAAAUUGGAUGAGUAUGGAGAGUAUCGCAUCGAUUUCAGCCGUGUGAUUAUUAAUAUUUCCAAAAUAGCACUCUUAGAUACCAACUUUGGCCUCCAUUUUCUUGGCUUCUAUUUAACGAAAAUGCUUCAUUUUUGGAAUUUGAGUUCAGGUUAAGAGUACAUUUCAAAUAAGCGAUUUUAUAAGCAUGAUCACAUGAUUUUUGACUUUAUAACAGUUCUAAUACCUUAAUUUGAAACAUUAAGGAGACCCUCAGAAAUUUUUUAGUGUUGUUUAAAAUCUAACAACAGUAAGCUUUCUGUCGGAGAUAGAUGCAAAGGACAUUGCAUAAUCUGCCAUGUACCAAAAUUAAUAUUGGGACCUCUUCUGCAUUAAUUUAAUACCAAUACUUGUGCAUCUACGAGAAUUCCUGAUUUUUCUUUUUUUUCUUCAAGAUGGAAUCCAUCAGGAAAUUGAGUAAUUUUAAUUUUCAGUGGACACAAACCUUGUGCCAGAAUAAUUUAAGCCAUAUUGCAUUCUUUUUUACACUUUUCAAGGGCUAUAGAUGUAAUCAGUUUCUGUAAUAACACCAAAUAAAAUUUUUUUGGGGAGCACAAGAAACUAAAUAAUUUUCAAGUUUCACAGGAAUUGUGAAAACACAUGGAGGUAAAAUUUCAUGGGUAAGAGUUCACUUUGACAAAUUGAAAGCCUUUGAAAGUUGUUUUCUGGGGCUCCCAUAAGAAAUUUUCUUUGGUGUUAUUACAUUUAACUGAUUGCGUCUAUAGCCCUUGGAGACUGUAAAAAGAAUGCAAUGUGCUUUAAAUUAUUCUGGUACAAGGUUGUUGUCCACUAAAAAUUACUCAAUUUCCUAAUGAAUUCCGUCUAUUAAAACUCUCUCUGAUAGUUUACAGAUACUCCUUACGAAACUACUUUGAAUGAUGCUGCACUCAUUUUAGUACACUUUGAUUCUCCAUAAGACAGAUGCUUCUUUAAAGGGACAGUCAUUGGAAUUUAAUUAUUUCUGCUAACUUCAAUUUUAAUGGAAGAGUUAUAGUCAAUAAUAUUGACCUCCACAAAUAGUGGUGCAGUCUUUUGCAUCACUCUAAAAUCCGUUAACUAAAAAAUUAUGCAUGAAAAGUUUUGUAGUAAGCUAAGCUACAUUGUCCCUGAUGGUAAGCUUCUUAAACUUUUUUGUAGACAUGUUAAAGACCUAAUAAUUCUAACAGCAAUAACUCAAGGACUUGCAAUAUUCACAGACUAUAUGUGGCUUAUUAUGCUUCUGGUGAGUAAGUCUUUUUAGUACCUCUGAGCAGGUUCUUGUAAUCAAGUCCUAAAUAGAAUCCUAAGUUAAUUUUUGGCACGUCAUCACUUUAGAACUCUAUCCCUCCUUUAAUAUAGUCGAAGUUACUGUAAUUUGUAUUUCAUUGAUGCUGGAAAACACUCUUAAAAAAGUAUGUAUGUAUGUAUGUAUGACCCAGUGGGGUAGGGGGGGAGGGUUGGUUUGGGGGCACUCCCUAUAAUCCUAUAAUAGGCUGAUUUAGCAACAGAAAGGGAACGUCAGUUGACGACGGCGCGCGCAAAUCAAACAACUGGCUUGACCAAUGGCAGAGCCACAAAUUAGGCACCGGAAGUCGAGUUUAGUCGUUUUUGCGCGCUUUCCCGUCGUCAAAUGGCGUUCGCGUUCUGUUGCUAAAUCAGCCUAAUGCCCUAUAUGGGUUGGGAUUUUACUAAUUGAAGUAUAUAAAAGGGUAGGGAAAUCUGUCAUUUGGGUCCGUGAAAGGACCUUAAAGGGAUAGGAGGCGCAUUUUAUUGCUGUGAAAAAGACCCAAAAACGUUUUGGCUUUGUAGUGGUGUAUUCACAUUUGGAAGACGGUACAUUUACAGCAGUUAAAAGGGUUGCAGCCUCCUAAAAUUUCGUCGUCGCUUGUUUACGUCCCCCAUUACACGUGAAACUCUGCUUUUUCACUUUGUAAGUCGUGCAUUGACGACAAAAAAAAAAUGUACAAAAAAUCGUGAUGCACGUGCAGAGCUGUUGUAUUGCCAAUCCAACCUAGUGCUUUUUUUAAGUUCUCGUUGGCGUCGCUGUCGUGUUAUCAAACUCCCAAUUAACCCAAUGAACCAGACAAUCGUGACACGGUCCUUGUAAUUUUUAUUCUUUUAGGUACCUUGUAGAGCUAUGUACUUGUUAUGGGUCUACAUCCUGGGUCCUUGGAUAUUUGCACAACCUGAUGAAACGGUGGUGGAUCCAAAGAAACAAAAGAAAAUGGAGCGAAAAAUGAAAAGAGCUGGAAUGAUGUAA